CCUCAAUCCCGCCCGUGGUUUUGAUGCCGUAUCUGAAGAUGGUGUUUCGUGUCCAUGUUCUUUGCUUCAGCUUCCUGGAUUCUGACAAGUGCCUGAUUCUCUACGGCGAUGACCAGGUAGGUGUGGGGGUGGAACUGAGUCAGGAACCAGAAGACCAUCUGCUGUCCUUUGCAGAAGAAGCAAGGGGGAGGGAAGAGGCUGGGAGCAUCUGCGUCUCCAAGCUGAGCUGGAAUGAAGAGGAAAAGAGACGAGGAAACGCGGGCGUCGUGAGAACAAACGCAUUCAGGGGUCACACAACUUGGAAGAAGAUGCCCAAAGUUGAGAACAUGCCAAACAUCCCCAUUCAGAAUGUAAUAACCUCUCCACACGUAAACUACAUCCGCUGGAAAGUACAUGGAGACUGGGUUACUCAGCUGAACUACUGUGAUUCUCUGAAAGCUGUCAUUUCCAGCUCCAACCACGAGCCCACAGCUCUGGUAAUAGGGUGCACAGUGGGAACAACAAAUGUCAAGCAAAAGAUGAAAGAGAUAAGGAACGUUAGGAAAGAUGUCAAGACAAGAAAAGGCCACGCAUCCCUUGCUCUGCCCCAGAGGCGAGCAGAAUAUGAUCAAACAGUUUUUCGUAUCCAUAAAGGAGUGAAGGCAUUCUUCUUCUGCCGGAGAAAGAACUUACUGCUGACAGGUGGCCUGGAUCAAAUCAUUCGAGUCUGGAAUCCUCAUCUGCCUGGAAAACCCACAGGUCUGCUGAGAAGCCACACGGCUCCGGUGAUCUACAUCCACUUAUCUUCGGAGGAUAACAAAAUAUUCUCUGUGUCGACGGACAACACGGUCAAGAUCUGGGACCUGGAGACCCACAGCUGCUUGUUUACAGCCUCCUCCAGAGCCAGCGGCAUUCAGGGGGGGCUCGCAGCCUGCCUCUAUCUCCCGGGUCCCCGAGCUCUGUGCGUGGCUGCAGACACCGUGGCACUCUUACACCUCAGAAUGAGAUCUGCCCCAGAGCCCCACCUGGCACUUUCCCACCAAGAACCCGUGGUGUGUUGCGGGUACAACUCGGCCUUUAGGCAUGUGGUCAGCUGCUCAGAAGCAUCUAUAGUGAAAGUAUGGGACUUUGAAACAGGAAGACAGUUGUCUGAAUUUUUGGGGGCUCACGGCAAUGCUGGGAUUACUUGUCUGACCUUUGACUCCAGCGGAAGAAGGCUAGUGACCGGGGGCAGAGAUGGCUGUCUGAAAAUAUGGAGCUACAACAAUGGACACUGUCUACACACCCUGAAACACGAUGAAAAACAAAGUGAAGUCUGCGAUUGUACCUACAUGGAGGUGAACCAAAAUAAGUGUAUCAUAGCUGUUGGAUGGGACAGAAGAAUAAACGUGUAUUUUGAUGCACCAUGUGACUUUCAUCACUUCUGGAAGCCACAGCCACGCUGGCAGGAUGACCUGAACAAUGGGCACAAGGAGGACAUCCUCUGUGUGGCUCAAUGCCCACCUUUUCUUCUGGCCACCUCCAGUUACGAUGGAGAGAUUAUCAUUUGGAAUGUCGUCUCAGGCCAUGUGUACUGCAAGCUGAACACUCCCAGCCCCUCAGAUGACCCAAACCCUAGGGAAGGCCCAGACCCAAGUGUCUCUCGCCUCGCCUUCCUGAAGACUCGGGCAGCCAGGUUGGACUCAGUGGCUGCUUCCCUCAUCGCCAAUGGGCCAGGAGGUUCUGUCACCUUCUGGAGGCUGUUCGGUGGAGCUGGCCUCAUCGCAAACUUCACUCCUUCCAGAGAGAAAGCCCAGGUCAGCAGCAUUGCAGUGACAACGGAAGAUGCCCUCGCCUACCUGGCUGACCAGCAAGGCUUUGUACACGUCUGUGACAUCAAGGAGUACGGCCUGCAGGGACCGGAACUGCAGCCGCCCAAGAAAGUGACCUUCUGGAGGGCUCAUGUCAGCAUGGUGACAUGUUUGGAGCUGAUAGAGGAAGAAAAUAUUCUGCUAUCAUCCUCCCUCGACCACACUGUGCGCCUGUGGAGCAUGGAUGGAGCAUACAUAGGGACCUUUGGGCAGAGUAGCCCCUGGGAUAUUUUUACUCCUGCUUCUUGGGAUCAUCCACGAGUCCCCUAUGAAAUUUUGACAGAUCCCCGGAGUACGCCUGCUCACUCGGUGCUGGAAGGAGAUGCUUCUCCUGGGUGCACGGUGGGAAGGGAGGAGCAGGACCAAGUGAUGGAGGAGGAGACUUGUACUGAGCCCGAAAGGACCGCUAACCUUCGUACUCCAGAAGGUUCCAUCCUUGAAGUUGAGAUGAAAGAAGAUAUACACCGGUGGUAUGCACUUGACCAUGGCAGGCUGCUGCCAGCACAGAGCAAGCCUUACCAGCACGUGCCAGCCUGCAUGCCCAGCAUUUACCAGACCCUCCGGUGCCACGAGAUCGCCUGCCUGUCAGCUCCUGGGGAGAAGCCAGAUUUGUCUAUCAUUGGCUCGGAAAUGUCUGAGGUCAAUUUUCUCAUGCAGGAAAGAGAAGGCAGUGGAGCUGCCCAGAAGGAGCACGGGUCCUGGGGCACUUUCCUUGUCUGAGCUCUCAGGGUCUCAGCUGCUAUUUUCUCUUCUUGGCAAAAAUUCUUCUUCCCUGUGUAAUCAUAAGGUCUGAAUGAGAUUAAGCUUUGCCCGAGAGGAACAGAGAAGAGUGAAACAAGGAAUGAUUUCAGCCAACAUGGGCUUCUUCCCAAAGCAAUUAGACCUUGAAUUUAAGAGAACAAAUCGGAUUUGAGGUUUUCCUUCCUUGGAGGCCCUUAUUUCACAGAGUGGGAGAAUGGCUGCAGCAAGUGGCUCCAGAAGCAGGUCCACCGCAACCCAAAAUAUCACGGACACCAUCUGCUUACAGGUGGCCAAGGACAGGAAGAGAGUAAAAUAAAAAUAGAGUUUUGCGAGUUUGCUCUGUGCCGGGCAGGCCCUGUUGAAGAGUGUAGAGGUACUAUCUCAUCCAUUCCUAAGAACAGCCCUCUGAAUAGAUACUGCUGUCCUCUAUCUUACCAACAAGGAAACGGAGGCUCUUGAGAAGUCAAGUGACUUGCUGGGGGUUAGCAAGGAAAAUGACACCAGAGAAUCCAGAGUUCACCAAAGAUGCUGACUCUCAGCCUGAGAAUAAAACCAGAGAGCCAAAAUCAUCUCCUUUCUAAAGAGCAUCCUGGAGCAGCUGUUUAAGCUGGGAAUGAUCUCAACAGCAGUAGAGAAAGAAUAAGAACAGGGUUUAGGAUAAUAGGCACUUCCUGAACUCAUCCCUUUACCAAAGUUGUCUUAAUCCUCACAGCAAGCCGAAGGAGGUGCAUCCUAUUGGACAGAUGAGAAGACUGAUCCUCAGGGAGAUUAAGGAUUUUGCCCAAAGUUACACAAACAAAAAUAUUCAACACAUGAGCAAGGCCCUGGGGUUCAAUCCAUGGCACCACCAAAAAAAAAAAAAAAACCCUCAAAAUUGAAACCGUAGUUUGACCUCAACUCUGGGCUAGAAAUCUCUACCUCUAACUCAAAAUCAUCAUAUUGGCAAGUGGAGGUUUUGAGGUCCAGAGACCCAAACUGCAAAGAUAGGAAGUUUCUUGGUUCCUGCCCCAGUCCAGAACUUUCCAGUACCUUCUCCCUAUUCUCUGGUUGGACCCACCUUAGACCUGGGCACAGAGGCCUUGCCCUGGCCAGGCUCCUCCCCAAAGGGCAAGGAGUCCACACAACCCAGAAGUGUCCACCCAACUGCCCACCCUUCUAGACCACAGUCCUGGUCCUGGAACCUGGAAAUCUAUGCCCAAAGUUCACCCCCAGAGUCUGUGCAGGCUCCUCCCAGACCCAUCCAUUCAAGGAAGGACACAGAUCCCCAGGCCCAGAGACUAAGAAGCAAGGGUUUGCUGAGGAGCAGCCGACACUGGACAGUCUGGCUGGGGUGGGGGUGUCCCUGCAGUGCACGUGAAGGCCCCCGUGGCCCAGAAAGCAGUUAGGCGUGGAGAAGAAGAACAACGUGGGGGCUGAGAGCCAGGGCUGGCUCUCCCUGCAUUUGCGAUGGAGCUUUGAGGACUCUGAGAAUUCAACAUCCAGCUGGCCUUCGGGGGCCUUCUGGUGUCUCUGGUGUAGGAGGAGAGAACCUUCUGCAUCUGAUAAAUAUUUGUUGAACAGUUUGUUAACUUGAUAUUUAACUUUUAAAUACUGGGCCUCCAUUCAUACCAGUCCUCUUUGGGGGCCUUUAAAAUCUUAAAAAUGAACCCACCUCUACUUCCCUUUCACUGCUGAGACUCUGCUAAUCUCUCACUCCACGGCCCCUAUAAACACCCCCUUGCGAAGAACGCAGGAUUCUCACUGGGCACAUGUUAGGAGCCCCCACACCCACCCGCAGUGUGACCGACUUUCAACAGACCUCUGUAUUUCCAGCAGUCCGUGAUGAGAUACGGCCCUCCUUCCCGGCAAAAUUGCUCAUUUUUCCCCCAGGGAUUUGUCAGACCCAACUGGCUUAGA